AUGGUGAAACUCAAGGAAUCCUUGGCUGGUCCAGGGUAUGUGAUUCUGAACACCAUCCGCGCCCUCAAUAUCAUUGUCUUCCUCGAUAUCAUCGCCUCCUGCGUGGUGAUGGAGGUAAAAAUCGAUAUGCGGAAUGGCUUCUUCUUCUUCCAAGCCGUGACUCAUGCUGUCAUGGCUUUGAUUAGCAUCGUUUUGAUCAUCACUGAGCUCCCGAUCCUCCGGAACUACUUCAAUCGCAACUGGCCACUCUUCGGAGACGAGGCAGGCUUCCUCGGUCUAGCAUUAGCCAUGAUGAUCCUCGGCGUCGCCGUACUAGGCAAUCUGAACACCGAAGCAAUGAGUCAAAAGUCCCUCGGCCUCGCAUUUUGGCGCAUCGUCAUCUCAGCGGGAAUCCUGGCCAUGGUCAUGAGCGUGAUAAACAUCCUGGCGACCUUCAUCUUCAGCCACCGCAAACCCCACGUCAGCGCCCGCCAAGUCCGAAUCUACGGCGCCGGCGCCAAAGACCAACGCGAAGAAUACCCUCACCCACCAACCUACACUCCUCCCGAACCCGCACGCGAGAAUGCCCUGAAGCGAGCAACAAAGCGAUUCACUGGCCGAUUCCCGAUCAAGAUCUCCGGACCCAUGAUGCGGAGCAAUGACGCUGCGGACCAUGCUCAUCUCCAACCGCCGCUGAACAACGAUGAUGCGGCAUCGUCGCAUUAUUCGCGGAAUUCGGAGGGAGUGCCAUUUCCUGAGGAGGCCAUCAAAUCGAUCGUCAUCUUCUUCGCCCCGAUUGUUCUCCCACGCCUUUUAGUAGCAUACCGUUCAUUCAAUGCAUCCGUCGCCUCUCGUCCACCACCACGCCCAAUCCCCCAGGGUGCUGAACGAGCGUUGAACCUCCUCUUCAUUGCCAUCUCUUCCCCUUCAUACCUUACGCGCCCGAAAAAAAAUAUCUUCCAACUCACUAAAUCGCGCAUCACAACCUCCACCGAUGUACUCUUCACUCGCCUCGCACGACUUCGGCCCAGCGAGACCUUGACCGCAGCCGAUGAGCUCCUCAAACAAAGCCUCACCUCGAUAAGCGCCCGCAAGAUCUACCUCGCCUUCGGACCGGAUACCAUCACCAAGUGCGAGUUCUGCUCGAUCAAUUCGCCGUCCACUUACCUCUUCUUUUACCUCCCAUUCCAGGUCCUUCUGCCGCACCUGGUACAUAUUCUGAUCUUGUUGAUCGUGACAUCGAAGGCCCUCUCCGGCUCCGAAUGCGCUCGCUGGCGAGGCAAGUUCACACUCGUUGCGUCUUUGGUGGCAUUCUGUGAUAUCUACAUUGCGGCCACUCAUGAUGCCCUGACCGGGGGGUCAACUCUGGACAGAGCAGCCAAGAAUGCCCCCGUCAGUUAUGGCUAUUACUACAUUUCUACCUUGGCUCGGCCCUUCGUCUUCGGUGUGUUCGACCUGGGCUGUGCGGCCAUCAUCUACCUCUCCUCGACGCACCGAUUCUUCUUCAAACAACCGUCGUCUUCAGAACAGUUGGACCAAGGGGUCUCCUCGGCCCUCAAGAUGUUGAAUGGCGUCCAGUCCAAGCUCCACGCCACAAGUGUUACCCGCAACGCGAUUGUGCGGGAUCGGUCGCUCAAGCAGCGUGAUGACGCAUACUGGCAGGCCAUCGCGGCGGUGGAGGACCGGACUCGAAGCGCAGGUGCAGGCACGGGGACGGGUCCGAGUACGGUGGUUAACAAUAUCUGGGAAGAGCCGGAGGUGGUGCAGGCCAUGUCUAGGGGCACUUACUGGUCAUGGCGGCGUGGAUCUAGCACAGUUGGGGAUGAAUGCGCAGGAGUUUGUUCGCGGGGCGACGGACGGGCUGGACUAGGAGUGUGCAGUGUACGGUGUAGAGUGUACAAUUCAUAA